AUCUUGUUUCAUCAUCAAAGCAACAAACUUGUCACCUGAUCGUCAAUCUUGAUGUCAGCUUGAAGCUUAUUAUAUAUUCAUGCAGAAGCUCUAUGCCUCUAUGUCAAGUGGAGAUGGGGAAGAAGAAGAAGAACGUUAUGUUGCCUGCCAACCAAGUCGAUUUGACCAAAGUCAAGUACGAUCCUGGAGAGAUCGAAGCUCCUAAUUUGAGUGGGCUAUGGCUGAGGAUUUUUGUUAUGUUCAUUGAAAUGCCAUUCAUUGGUCCUGUCAUCGUUGCUUACUUGAAGAAGCCGAAUAAGCUACAAGAGAUGUUAAGGGAGACUGUGAUACCAGAACCACCCAUGUUUCGACCAGAGUUCCCUCCUCAAGAACAAGAAUCAGGAGUGGUUUGUCUCAUAGAAGAUGGUACAUCUCAAGACCGAGUUGAUUCGAGCGUUAGAUGUCUUCCCCAAUAUGAUCCUGCUUCUGCUAGCAGGAGUUCUGGUUUGACCCCAUCAUUUCGCUACUGGAAGAUUCGUGAUUAUGCAUAUUCAUACAGGUCAAGGAUCACAACGCCAGUAAGGGUCGCAGAGUACGUGAUUUCUGCUAUUGAAGAAUUUAACAAUAAUAAGAAACCCCCAACACCACAGUUGGUUUCUUUCAAUGCUGAAGAUGUUAGAAAGCAGGCUGCAGCUUCAACCCAACGGUUUGAGGAAGGAAAACCAUUGUCAGCUUUGGAUGGUAUCUUCAUGGCAAUCAAGGAUGAUAUAGAUUGCUAUCCCCAUCCAUCAAAGGGUGGGACGAUAUGGUUUGAUGAGGUGCGUACUGUUGACAAGGAUGCAGUUUGUGUAUCAAGGUUAAGGAGCUGUGGGGUGAUUUUCGUUGGGAAGGCUAAUAUGCAUGAAUUUGGACAAGGGACUACUGGAAAUAACCCAAACAAUGGCACAACACGAAACCCGCAUAAUGCGGAGAGGUAUACAGGUGGAUCUUCAUCAGGACCAGCGGCAAUUGUAGCUUCGGGAAUAUGUUCAGCUGCAUUGGGAACAGAUGGAGGAGGUUCAGUCCGUAUUCCCUCUUCUCUUUGCGGUGUUGUGGGAUUGAAAACAACAUUUGGGCGUACCGACAUCAAAGGGGCAUUAUAUGAUGGAGGGACCUUAGAAAUUAUAGGACCAAUUGCAUCCAGUGUUGAGGAUAUCAUGCUGGUGUAUGCAGCUAUUUUAGGAGCUUCUCCUGCUGAUAAACUGAGCCUUAAUCCCUCCAUCCCCUGUCUGCCUGACCUAUCAUCGCAUCAUGAGGAGUCUAGUAUUUUGGGAUCAAUGCGUCUAGGAAAGUACACAGAGUGGUUUAAUGACGUCUUCUCACCUGACAUUUCAACCAAGUGUGAAGAUAUUCUGAAUCUCUUAUCACAAACUUAUGGCUGCAAAGUAGUAGAGGUUACCAUACCUGAGCUUCACCAGACACGAACAUCCCAUCUUGUUUCCAUUGGUUCUGAAGCAUUAGCCGCACUUACACCUCACUGUCAGAGCGGGAAUGACAAGAAAUUUACACUGGACACUCGCACUAAUCUGGCACUUUUCCGCUCAUUCACAGCUUCAGACUAUGUUGCAGCCCAGCGUCUCAGGCGCAGGGUGAUGUACUAUCACAUGGAGAUCUUCAAGACGGUCGACGUCAUAGUUACUCCAACGACCGGAAUGACAGCUCCUUUGAUAAGCACAAGGGCACUUGAGAUGGGGGAGACGAAUCUGAAGGUAACAGGUAGUUUAAUGCGUUUCAUUCUAGCAGGGAAUCUUAUUGGACUCCCAGCCAUUUCUGUACCUGUUGGUUAUGACAAGCAAGGUCUUCCAAUCGGUUUGCAGAUCAUAGGCCGCCCUUGGGGCGAAGCUACAAUUCUGCGUUUGGCUGCUGCAUGCGAGGCACUGCGUUCUGAGACUAAGAAGCCAGCAUCAUAUUUUGAUGUUUUAAAGGGACACUAAUUAUCGUAGAAAAUCUAUUUUAUGAAGACUAAACUCGUUAUCCGAGUCUUUCUACACUAUGUAUCCUCCUUUUAGUUUGUAUUCAACUACAACUGUUCUUAAUCAAUUAAAACCUUAUCGAGUUAUCAAUA